UACCUGUGGUGAAUAGCCGCUAUGUAGAUUGAUCGCAGCCGCUAAUAAGGGCGCCAAAAUAACAAAAAUAGUCGCAAACUAUUUGGCCCGAAAUGUUGUCGUACUUUUGACUGUUCUUAUUUAGAAACUGCGAUUUUAUACGACCUAUUGGGAGCAAUUGCUCUACAUUUAAACCUUCACAUCAGCGGGGCUUCGUUUCAUGACUAGUGAGUGUGAAAUUAUGGGGACAAUAAUUUGAGAAUCAUUCUAGUUCAACCCGUUCAAUUGUAAGUUAAGUGCAAUGGACAAGAACAAGCGCAAACGACUCAACUUAUCCCUGUCAAGAAAGAAAUCCCGUCCAAACGAACCUGAUAAUGACAAAAAUCAAGAACUAUCCAAAGGCAAAGCAAAUGGAUCUUCAAAACCCAAAAAUGUAUCAUCGAAGAGUGCUAAUGAGACGUCUACGACUCCAAACAGUUCCAGUUCCAGGUCUAUUUUUCAAAUGCUCAAGAAUCCGCCUUCUACACGAACAGUAAAUUGCCCUAUUUGUAGCUCCCGUGUGCAAAUGGCUAGCAUUAAUACACACUUGGAUAGUGGCUGUAACAAAUUUGGGAAUGAACUAAACACAAGUAUCAAGAGUGGUAUUGGAGUCGAAAAGAGAAUAAACAAACUUGAUGUCCACAAACAUAAUGAUGAUAAUAAAGUGACGAAAGAUCUUGACAAUAUUAAAGAUCAGCAUAGAAUUACACCAAAAUGUGUAUCAAACACAACUAUCACAACUGUGGAAAUAAGUGAUGAUGAUGAUGUAAAUAAUGAUUAUGAUUACGUCAAUGCCAAUCAUGAUGAUGAUAAAGGUGACGACACUUAUGCUGUCAACAAAUUGAAGACUCAGGGGAACACCAUAAUUUUUAGCAUUGAGAAUAAGAUAAUGCAUAAUUCUCAAAUUUCUUUUAAUGGAGCCAGCAAAGUUCAACCCAACUCAAAUGUCACAGAAACAAUAGACGAAGAAAGGGAUAGUGCUGAUAAUUACUGUAAUCAGCAGAAAACUAUAGAUUCAUCAGAAAAUGACUGCACAGGAGAAAAUGUUUUUAAAGACAGCUCAUCUAAAGAAGAUAGCACAGAAGAAACCAAUGACUCCCCUUAUUAUCUGUCAAAUUUUAAACUUGUAUUGGAUACUGUGAUGUCUGAUAUGAGGGAUCAAAGUUUGUUUGAUGACAGUGAUAACAAAACAAUAGAAAUAUUUAAAAGACUUUCCCCUGAAGCACAGAAGUUAUAUGUCAGAUUGUUUCAGAGGAAGUUUGGAUGGUUUCGAUGCAGUAAACUGGACUACCCACGGAUAAGCGGUGACUUAACACCAGUUUUAAAAGAAUUGAUAGGUGUUGGGUUUCUUAAAGAUGGAAGCCAUUUAAAAGAGCUGAGAGAAACUCUAAAACUCCUACCUGCACCUGACUUAAGGAACCUGGUUGCAUCUUUUAAUGUGAUGUCAAAAACAACUCUCCAAAAGGGGCAGAAUAAAGCCAUUUUGAUAGAGGCUUUGGUUCGUUAUGGCGAGACACAGCGAUCUCUGUUUGGUAGCUGCUCAGCUGUUUUAUUAAAAAGAGCUAAACAGGCUCUAGGAGAUUGUGUACAUGUGUCUAAAGAACCCAGGUCUGUCUUUGCCAGAGCCCUGCUACUUUUCUCUAUGAACGUCCUCCCUGACGAUGAGGAUAAUAGAUCAAAUGGUCAGCAGCAACAGCUAUCAACAAUAUUCCUCGUGAAUGUAGGAAAGCUCACUUACCCCACUUAUACCAUCACGAGAGAACUAGCCGUAUUCCCUACCAGAGAACAUUUGAUCAGCUAUGCCGCAGCCUUUCAGGAGAAGCAUGAGAUGUUCACUGCUUUGGAGGUGGCAAGUGAUUUAGAUUCUGCAUACAAAUGCUACCCAAAAGCAGCCGAGAUGUUCAGUGGCAUAUUGCACUCACUAGAGAAAGGAACUACUCCAUACUCAGCUACCUUACCACCACACCUGAGGUGCUUCUCUGCCGAGUGGGUGUACACUCGUAUGUGUUACCUUGGUGUUGAGGUGCUACAAAAGAUGCGGCAGUAUGAGGAAGCCGUCAAUCAACUAGAGCUGCUCCUGAAGCAAAGGGUGUACUGUGCUGACUGCCGGGGAAGGUGGUGGGACCGUCUGGCACUAAAUUUGCACCAGCAUCUGAAACAGCCAGAGAAAGCGCUAAAUGCUGUCAGGCAAGCUUUAGCGGAUGAUGAUGUCAGGUUUGGUCAUAGGCUUGCCCUUAUUCAGAGAGCAAAAAAGAUCCUUUCCUCUGCUUGGUACAAGAAGAAAAAGGACACAAUUUCUUGUGAGAUUGAUGACACUCUUCUUAUAGAGCCACAGCCCUGCAAUACGGUGACAAUUUCAGGAAAGCGGUCUGCUCAGAUGGGUGUGUUUAUAGCCCCUGAGGUCAGCCGAAUGGGUGAGGUCUUGCCUGAUACUGUCACCUUUUGUGGAGUGGAGGAGUAUGCACUGUCGUACUACCGCCAGCAGGGAUAUGAUGAGGGCAUACACGGAGAGACAGGCACUUUCUUGACACUCUAUGGAUUGCUGUUCUGGGAGGUGAUUUUCUGUGAUGGAGUGAAGGAUGUGUUUAGAGUCCCAUACCAGAGCUCACCUCUUGACAUGAACUAUGACAGUUUCUACCAAAAUCGACAGGCCAUUGUAGAUCAGCGACUUAAUGAAAUACGAGAGUCCUCUUCUGAGUCCCUACAGAAGAUGGUUGAGUGGUCCUGGACCCAGCAUGAGGGUCAAGUUUGCGCAUGCGUCAGCUGGGACCGGUUCACUGGUGUUAACCAAGCCAAGCAACUUGUGGCAUGUUUUGGCGGCCCUCUUCUGUGUGGAAUCUUCAAGCAUUUCGCCACCAACCUCCGCCAUCGUCAUUCUGGGAUGCCAGACCUUGUGGUGUGGAACUCGUCAACAUUUGAAUACAGGAUUGUGGAAGUGAAGGGGCCCGGGGAUCGUCUCUCCACCAAACAGCUGAUCUGGCUUGGUGACCUAGCAUCACUAGGGGCAACCGUGGAGGUCUGCUACGUCACCGCUGUUGGCGGUAAGCUUCUACAAGUCUCCACUUGAAUCACGUGCGGAAAAACUUCCUGUCUUCUCCCGAUGUGUGUAUUAGUUUACCCAGAGUGGGGAGAGCGGAAAACAUGGGUUUUCUCACAUGGAAGAAAUCAGUUUUUCUCCUUUGUAUAGUUGCUUUGCUACGAAAUGUGUCAGUCCGUCUCUCCAAUAGAUUCUGCUGUCUAUGGCAUAAAGUAUGCACUUGAGUUAGCAGGCGUUGAUUCACCUACGAACUGUGUUAUUGCCAUGUUACACUGUUAGGAAAACCUAUUGCAGAGCUGUAGUAGGCGUAUUGGGGGGGGGGGGGGACGAUACAGAAACAUUAAAAAAUAUUGGGGGCACAGCCACGCCCCCAUCUACUCGCAGAAUAAAUUUUACAUAGCAUAAGUCGUUAAUCUCCUAGAGCCGACGACACACUAGGCUAUUUUGUACGCUCGUGCCAAUGAAUCGCCGGCUGGUUGUGUUAGUUGUGGACACUGUAUUUGAAUAUAGAAAAUCGAGUGCAAUCAAUAAUAUGGAGUACAAAAGAUUGGAGUACAGACGAGUUUGAAUACAAUAGAAUAAAACAUUGCAUUGUCCCGCGUCGCGUAGCUCGUCGUUUGAAAGGUCGUAAGCGCGUAGGGACAGAGCUCGCUGGAGGAGCGAAACGAAGGCAAAUACAACCAAUUGAAGUAGGAAGAAGUAGUUUAUUCGGCACUAAAAAGCUCUGGAGUAAAGUUGUCCUAUA